AUGUCCGUCAUGCAUGCCCCCAAGGCAAGCGACGCCCAUGCGUGCCUCCGCAAACAGGCUCGACCUCACGCCCAGGCCGGGAACGCCCCGGGUGCGACGCCCGGGGAACUGCGAUAUGCCGACUCGCCGAAGCGCAUUGGUAUGGACGACGCGGUGGCGGCGCUGUUGUGGAGGAGAAAACGCUCUCCCCCGUGUUGGGCGGGCACGAGUCGGAGCACGGAGCUGAAGGCCCACCGUCGAAGAUCAGGCAGUAGUCCUGCAGUUGCUCAAGACGCUACCCGCGUGCGCAUCAGCAUCGCCACCUUUGCCGUGCUCCUGCGCGUGGCCGGCCGCAGCGCCGAGCAGGCGCGCACGUCGCGCGGCGUCGUUAACUUCUGGUGGGACGACGCGCUGCUGCUAGCCACCUACGCCCUCUUCCAGUGCAAGCCGCUCGAGUACUUUUGGAUGGGCUGGGACGGCAUCCACCAGGGCGCCUGCAUCAACCGCAAGGCCGUGCCGCUGGUGCACGCCUUGCUGGGACGCUAUAACGCCACCAUCGUCAGCUGUCUCCGCAUCCCGUCCCUCGCCAAAGACAUCGAGAACAGCUACUCCCUAACCUGGAACCAGACCGACGCGCUCAUGUGGACCAUGAUCGAGAUGACCACAGGCGUCGUGUGCGCCUGCAUGCCCGGCCACGGCGCCCUCUUCUCGCGCCUGAUACGCCGCACCCGGGCCCUGUUUGGCAUCGCUACGAGCACCGCCGGCACCCGCACCGCUGGCAGUCACUCCCGUUCCAAGGGCCACAGCCGCGCCAGGUCCAGGGGCGGCCUCGGCGGCCUCAGCGGCGGCACGAGGGGGACCGGCGCGGGGUCCGCCUACAUGUCACGCGGCACGCAGUCGUCCAUGGCGGGGGGCGGCCGCGGCCGCGGCGAGACUGUGGCCAAGACGGACGUCACGGUGCGGGAGGGCGGCGUGGGCGACGGGCACGUGGAGCCGUGGGGGUCGACGGCCGCGCGAGAGGACGUCGUCGCUGCCGGACCAGCCUCGCAGGGCGGCGUCGCAGGCCGACAGGUCCCACGGCGGUGCACCGCCCCGAUUGAUCUGUGGCAGGUGGCCAAUCUCUUCAUCAUCAAGGUUCUGACUCGGAUCCUUGCCUCUGGUGGCAUCUCGGCCGAGAAUUACCCGCAGCGCCGGAAGGAAAUUCCAGCAGUGGAGGGCCGUUGUAUCCAAGAGACCGGGUGA